AGUGGUAAUUUAUAGUGGAGUGCUGCGGGUCACAGAACUGUGCGCAGAAAAUCUGUCUGGCAAACAUUUGCGAAUUUCCUGUUUGCUUAUGGCUUUAUGGUGCUGCACAUCGAUAAUCGGCACAGAUAGUUGAACACAGGAAACAAAAGCUAACUCGACUUGCCUGCAUUGCGGUUCAGUAAACCAAAUCGCUGGUAUUUUGCUGGGCGGGGCAGCUAUGGCCAGCAAGAUGAAUCUCGAGCAGGCGCAAGAUAAAUUUGAUCAGCUCCUUGACCAAAUCGAUCCUGCAAAGUCGGCAGAGUUCAUACUUUGGAUCCAGAGGAGAUAUCUGACGGCAAACUGUGCAGGCCACCAGGUGGCUGAAGCUCAUCACAAGCUGAGACAAAUCUCAGAGUACCUCAGGUCCGUUGUACCAGGAAAUGCAGUUCUUCCUUCUGAAAACAUAAUUGUGCCAAAAAAGGGAGAGAAUGCAGACUGUGACCCUGCAACAACCGUCCAUGUUGAUGCAUUCCUUUAUGAUGACCAAGCCAUUGACGAGUUGGUUGAAGAAGGAAAACUCAGCCGGAACUACUGUAAAGCUUGUGGUUCUCAUGAGACAGCACCCCUCACGUUCAUUUCGCACUCUGCCUCAGCACGCAGAGCAGAGUUCAUUUUCAGGGAGAUUUUGCCUUACUUGAAAGACAAAUCCGUACUUGAUGUGGGCUCCAGGUUGGGUGUCAUGCUCUAUGCUGCUCAUGCAUUUACACCAGCUAAUCCAAUUAUUGGUGUUGAGAUGAAUCCUGACCUGUGCCAAAUUCAAGAAGCUGCUAUCAAGCAUUUUCACAUGGAAGACAGAAUCAAGGUCAUCAAUGCAAAUGUCCUCACGGUACCAGACCUUGUCUCCAGCUCUGACGUUGUGAUCCUCAACAAUGUGUUUGAGUUCUUCACACCUGAGCAAGAACAGGUGGCCCUGUGGCAGUUUCUGAGGCGCACCAUCAAGAAGGGGGCCAUUCUUGUCACCGUUCCCAGUCUUGAGGACUCACUCAAAAAUCUCCAGACUGGAAUAGUCAUAUCGGAGUGGGUCAAGCAGCGUUAUGUCACCGAUCCCCUGGCCUACAGCUUUGUCAUGGAUCACGAGGAGCUGUCCGAAGUUUGCAGCUACGACGUUCUGUGAUGCGCUUACUGUCUUUCUGACAGCGGUUACUUGGUCAAGUGUUGUCAGGCUGUUUAUCGGGCUGUUAGAUGUGUUUAAAGUUAAACUCGGAUUUGCAUUUCAUCAAUUGGCUCAGAGCUGCGCAACUGCAAUUCCCACGGAAUCAGGAGCACAAAGAACUUGCAAUGAGACUGCUCCUGGCGCUGUUUUGUGCAGUCACAUUCCGAUUUGUGCUACAGUUUUUGUUUUCAAUGAAACUUCAUAGUUGUUUCCUCGAUGCGCUGAGAGACAUUUGUUGUUUCAUUCAGUAACCAUAGCCUGCUUAAUUCUAUAUAAUGUUAUCUGGUUCUGUGAACAUGCCCUCGUGCAUUGGGGGCAUGUUAAAGAUCCCCAGGUGGUCAAAAAUAAUACAGAGUCCCCCACUACAGCGUGCCUCAUAAUCAGAUAGUAGUUUUGGCACGUAAAACCCCAGAAUUUAAUUAAUUGAAGCACACCGACCGCUUUGGUUGAGGGGCGACACUGGCAUCCACUUAGUAAUUCAGUCAAGGUGAAGUGUUGCGUAGAGGAACAUGCUAGAAUACUGAAAGACAUAUUUGCCGCAAAAAGGGCACACACAAAAAAAGAUGACACAUUGACGACGCACUGGCUGCCUUUGUUUCGUCAAUAUGUCUUCCUUUUUGCGUAUGUUCUUUUCGCAACAAAUAUGUCUUUGGGCAAAUACCGACUGGGCCGAGAAUCAGUUCUCUUGUGCCAGAAUACGGGUGUAAAUCUGUCUCUCCUCCGAGGUGCAUAAUGGAAAGUAUUGUAGCAUGCACACACUUUGUUGAACUUGUACUAUGACGGUGCGCUGGACACCGAAGUGGUCCAAACACUGUGUAUGUAUGAGGUGGCCAACAGGCCUAGGUGUGAUAGAAACCUGCACAUUAAGUUUUCUAGUCUUUCUGUUUGUGUUGCUGACGUAGAGAGAACAAAACUUGCACACAGCUAGUGCCUCAGUUUCAUGACAUUAUUCCUCUUCAGUAAAUUGGUAUUUUCGAUACUGCACACGUAUGGUGAAUAGACGUUGUUGUCACCUUUUGCACACUUCAUGGCUGUUUGCAUAAAAACUCUUUUGUGUACGAGUUGAUUAGAAAGAGAGCUGUCGUACUACAUGAAUCACAACAAAACAAAUACAGACCUAACUAUUAAUUACUGCAAAGUAAAUCUAAAAUGUUUAUUGUUGGUAUAAGCAUUUAACGAAUAUAUAUGUUGUAAUGAAUGUUGGCUUAACAAAGCUAUCUUGUGUUAAAUGAGACUUUGUUAUGUGGUUUGGCUGUAAUCUAUACAUUGCGACUCCUCUUGUGUUCACUGUGCUAUUGUAUUCUCUUGCACUGUUGCAAAUCCUUUUUAAGAUUUGAUAACCUGAAAAGGCAAAACAGAAAAACUGGGCUGAAAUUUGUGAGUGCAUUGUUUGGCAACACUUGAUAAUCAACAAGUAAACUUUUUAAGUGUCAGGCCUUGGCUGACAAGUUACCGUAAAGCAUUAAUGGUUUGGAAGAAAGCAUCAGUACUUGCUGAAUCGUGUAGUACCAGUUUCGUUGAGUGUGCUGUGUAUGGAUUAACCAUCUUCACACAGUAUGUAUAAAUAUAAAUGGGUCAGAGUUGCUUUUCUUAAAGCUAUGCAAAAGACACUGGUAGAGACCUUCUUGCAACCACGCUUGAAAUGGGGCUGCAUGUGUUGGAUCAUUUCCCGCAGGUGGCUUUGAAAAAUUAACAUCUAAAAACUUGAAAAAAAGAAAAAAAAACACACAGCAGUUUCAUCAGUCAAGUCAACCAUGCUUUCAUGCUCCUGUCCUAUUGACCUUCAUUUUCUGGUCUCUCGUUCUACCAACUCGCCCAGUUCGCGACUACUCUCAUGCUUUCAUUCCAUGCACAUUCCAAUGUAACUGCAGUACUCGUGACUACUGCAAGUACUAUAUGGCAAACUCUUCUCAGGGGCAAUCUUGGAUCUUUGUUUUUUCUUAGCUUACAAUAUAUUUUCGACUAAUGCUGACUAUACUCAAAUGGCUGUCACCAGAAAAAAAGUUAGCCAUGUUAACCUUACAUCAAAAAUUUCUUUACAAACAGAGCAUGUUCUGGAUCAGCAAUACAGACAUCUGAAGGUUGACCUGACUUAGAUUUUAUUCGAGUCUUUCAGCAAGCAUGCCCAGUGUUUCCAUUAUGUCAAAGUGUAUGUAACAAAUGGGGAAAAAAUGAAAGGGAACACUCAGUUUGCAUAGAGGACCAUUAUUUCUGUACUGAAAUUCAGAAAUUAUGAAAAUUCUUUGGCAGCAUAGCUACUUGGUGUUGGCAAGUGAAGAGGUGUGAAGACAAAGCUCUUCAGCAAUCAUUGCUUCAGUGCUGCUGAAGUGUUCCCUUUCACAUAGUCACACCUGGCACCUGCAUUUCUUUGGAAGUUAGAGCACGCAGCAUGGCUCUUACCACUGUGCUUGCAUUUCAAUAAUGUUCUCGUCCACAAUAUUGCCAGCAAGUUUAUGGACUAAAGGAACUAUAUAAAGGGAUUGCAAAUCUCCAAACUGUGAGCUGCCCUGCUGUAGGCACAGGUACUACUAUGGACAAAUCAAACACAAACUGUAAAUUGUAACGUAGAACACCUCUUACAAGCACGAGAGUGCGAUUUUGUACCGCUAUUACUUGUCGCCAAAAAUGGUAGAGGGCUCAAACUAAGACUGCAGUCUGAAAUCAUGACGGCACAAUGUAAAGUAGUGAAAGCAGAAAUGAAAUAAUGUGUUCUAGUUAAGCAAUUUUGAUUACAUUUCCUUUGUCCAUGAUAGUAAUAUGCUAUUAUCUGCUUGGAUGUAUGCUUUGUCUUGCAGCUAUUGUGGCCCAUAAACUUUUCUGGCAGCUGUACAUUGUGUCAAGCAUGACGGGCAUCUGCUUCAAUUUUAAGAUGCACUGCCAUCAUAUGCCUUUUUCUAGUGCCUUUUAUCUUAAUGCGCCAUUGCAGCAUAAAGCGGCAUAGCUAUCCAAGUUUAACGUGAUAUUGUGUGCAUUGUCUAGAAAAUAGUCGGCAAGGACUAGUAGAAUAAUGUGCUGGCGUGCUUGCGCAAUCUGUUGUAUGUUGUUGCCUUUGUAAAAUUUAUCCUCACACGUAAACAAAUAUACUGCCUGUGUCAAGAGGAGUCAAUAAACUGGAUGUGUUGAGGAAA